AUGUCUCCUUCCCAAGAAGGAGUACUGGUGACUGCACUGCAGUGUGCACUGGAAUCAGAAAAGCCGUCUUCCUCCACAGAGUACCGUAGGGAUGGGGGAAGAGCCUUACCCAGAGGAGUUGGGGCACGUGUUGCAUUUGGGAGGGCUCUGCUGGAUUUGACCUGUGAAGGACCCCGAAAAGUUCGGAGGCUGCCUGGGUCCCAGGAGCUUGCCUCCCAGCCACACAAGCACUUACGUCCCAGGAGCUUGCCUCCCAGCCACACAAGCACUUACUUCCUAAGCCUGGGUCCCAGGAGCUUGCCUCCCAGCCACACAAGCACUUACUUCCUAAGCCUGGGUCCCAGGAGCUUGCCUCCCAGCCACACAAGCACUUACUUCCUAAGCCGAGGGGCCUCGCUGUCACCCUCACUCACUCCUCCCCGGAAACCCUUUCCUUCCAUAUGGCCACACAGCGCGGAGUGUGCAGAUUAUGACUCCCUGCCAGAGUCUGAGACCCAGCCACACUUCCAGGGCGUGACAGGACUGCGGAACCUGGGCAACACCUGCUACAUGAACGCCAUCCUGCAGUGUCUGUGCAGUAUCUCUCCGCUGGUGGAGUACUUCCUCUCCGGAAAGUACAUCACCGCUCUUCAGAAGGACUGCAGUGACGUCACCACCGCCUUUGCCUACCUGAUGACAGAUAUGUGGCUUGGGGACUCAGAGUGUGUCUCCCCAGAGAUAUUUCUGUCGGCUCUUGGCAGUCUUUACCCGGCUUUUCUGAAAAAGACACAGCAAGAUGCACAGGAGUUCCUGAUUUACGUCCUCAAUGAGCUUCAUGAAGCUUUGAAAAAGCACUGCCAGAGAAGAGCACAUGAGCAAAGAUCUUCCCAACGAUGCUGCAGGAAGGUGAUGGCCAGCGAGACGUCCAUCGUCACCCGGCUGUUUGAAGGACAGCUCAGUUACAGCAUCACAUGUUUAAAGUGUGAGAACUGCACCUACAGGAACGAAGUUUUCACCGUCCUCUCCCUCCCCAUCCCAUCCGAGUGUGAAUGCUCCCUUCAGGACUGUCUCCAGUGUUUUUUCCAACAAGACACAUUGACCUGGAACAACCAAAUCCACUGUUCUUUUUGUGAAAUCAAGCAAGAAACAGCUGUGAGGUCCACUAUUUCCAAAGCACCAAAAAUACUUGUUUUUCACUUAAAAAGGUUUGACAUCCAGGGUACAGUAAAGAGGAAGCUGAGGACAGACGUCCGUUACCCACUCAUGAACUUGGACCUCACGCCUUACAUCUGUCCAAUUUUCCGGAAACAUCCUAAGUACAACCUCUGUGCAGUGGUGAACCACUUUGGUGAUCUGGAUGGUGGCCAUUACACUGCCUUCUGCAAGAAUGCAGUAACUCAGGCCUGGUACAGCUUUGACGAUACCCGAGUCAGUGAGAUUCCAGACACUUCAGUCCAAACGGCCACAGCCUAUCUUCUGUUCUACAGCUGCCAACCCUUUUCCAUCCCGAUACAGACACGCAAGAGCUAGGACAGCGCUCCCGAUCACUGCAAACAAGCCAUCAGAAACUGCAGGGAAAUGUGCUUUGUCAAUUAAAUCUUUACCACCCACUUCCAUCGCUAAGGUCUGUAAGUCUCACAGACAGCCUCUAUAAGACAAGUCUGCAGCAUAAGGAGAUAGGUCCCUGCUCGCUAAGGGCACAUGGAAGCCAUGCACUGCCAUCACAAAGGGCGGCAUGGAAGCCAGGCACUGCCAUCACAAAGGGCGGCAUGGAAGCCAGGCACUGCCAUCACAAAGGGUGGCAUGGAAGCCAUGCACUGCCAUCACAGGGGCACAUGGAAGCCAGGCACUGCCAUCACAAAGGGCGGCAUGGAAGCCAGGCACUGCCAUCACAAAGGGCGGCAUGGAAGCCAGGCACUGCCAUCACAGGGGCACAUGGAAGCCAGGCACUGCCAUCACUAAGGGCACAUGGAAGCCAGGCACUGCCAUCACAAAGGGCACAUGGAAGCCAGGCACUGCCAUCACAAAGGGCACAUGGAAGCCAGGCACUGCCAUCACAAAGGGCGGCAUGGAAGCCAGGCACUGCCAUCACAGGGGCACAUGGAAGCCAUGCACUGCCAUCACUAAGGGCGGCAUGGAAGCCAUGCACUGCCAUCACAGGGGCCCAGGAACUGCAGGUUUCAAAGGUCAAUGUUUCAUGCAGCGGGUUUCUAUCAUAUUUCAUAAUUGUAAGUAUCAAGUUAUCUUCCAAAAAAUUUUAUACUUAUUUUGUCCUAUGUGGAUGUGGAAGUCGGAGGGUAACCUGUGGAAGUUCAUUCUCUUUUCCACUGUGUGGGUCCUGGGAUUGAACUUGGGUCCUCACUGAGCCAUCUAACCAGCCCAGCGCCAAUAAUUUCUGUUUACACAGGUGAGUGCAUAGCUCAGUGGUAGGAUGUUUCCUCAGCAUCACUAGCACAGGGGAAAAGUUCAGUGCAAAAGUGACCCGAAGGGCUGGAGAUGGCCCAGUGGCUCAUAACAGCCUUUGCUGCUAGCAGAGGACCUGGGUUCAGUUGUUAGCACCCAUAAGGUGUGUACACACACACACACACACACACACACCACUAAUACAUAUAAAUCUUAAGGACUUGAACCCAUGCUCCAACCUUCCCCUGUAAGUUAAAUAACUGCUCUCAGAAUCUUUGUUUAGAAGAGACUCCGAAAACAAUAAGGACUGCUGCACUGCCCCUGGCUGCCUUCCAGAACUUGAAGGUUAAGAUCCUAUUGCUGAGGACACCACAUACUUCAGAUACAGGACUUGAAGGACUCGAGCUGAAACCGACCUGGAAGCCUGCCCUUGAGGACUAGCUCUCGUAGUAUCCCAGCAUGCUAUGUAUGCUGCCAAGAGAGGAAAGCAAUCAGUAGUCAGAGUCAGCUAGGACACCUAUAAACCACAAUGGCCAAUGAGGCAAGAAACCCAGCAGGUGCGAUGGUGGCACCUGUAUCAUGCGGACAGCCAACAGCUGUCUAAUUGGACUAACCGGAUUUAAACUGUUUAAUAGGAGGGAAUCCAUGCCUGGUAAACUGAGUCAACUACCCAUAACUGGUGAGGUGAUGGGCCCUAGGGGAGAACCUCCUCCUGCCAGUGUAAUUGCCAACUUUAUCCUGAGUCCUAUCCACAGGAAGUGCAGCUCCCAACUUCAUCCUGAGUCCUACUAUCCGCAGGAAGUGCAGCUCUCCACCCCCAUCAAAGAAGCUUUCUGUGGCAGAUGGAGACAUCACAGAGGUCACUACUAAUCACAGUGAGAACAAAUGACCAAGUGAUACCUGGCCCCAGAAGACACACCUACAGCACAACCUCUAUAUCUGCGGCUCAGGGAACAUCUGGGAGGGGGGCAGGGCAUCUGCUAUGAGACAGUACCUUUGUACAUGACCCAUAAAAUCUCACAAGGAGACUUGCACAGAGACACUACCAACUGACGUGCCAGCAUAGAUGGGGAUAAUCUUACAAGGUCCCAUCCCUAGAUGAAGAGCUACAGGCAAUUAAAGCUACUUAAGAAUGGAAAAAUCGCCUAGCGGAGAUGGUGCACACCUUUAAUCCCAGCACUCGGGAGGCAGAGCCAGGCUGAUCUCUGUGAGUUCGAGGCCAGCUUGGUCUACAGAGUGAGAUCCAGGACAAGUGCCAAGACUACAUGGAGAAACCCUGUCUUGAAAAACAAAAAACAAACAAACAAAAAAGAAUCAAUCUUCUCCAGGGAUGAGAACCCUGACAUGUUAUACAAUCUCAAAUCGUUAGCUCUAAAAACAUAUGAGCAACACUUCUGGACUGAGCAGGGUAUGUGUGUGAGAGAGAGAGAAACAUAAGAAGUAAUGAAUUUGAAAGAGUUGGGGAACACAAGAGGCAUUGAGAAGGUGAGGUGGAAACCCAACUUUGUUUAGUGUUCACCGAUGUCCUGAGGAAGGUGAGGACUCCGCCGCCGCAGCUCUGGAGGACGGCCUGCUUCUCACCACAGUAGCUCACUUUACACAUACACCAACUCCGCACUUGACCGCAACUCUUCAGAAUUGGGAGGAGUCUGGGGGUUAUUUGAACUGACUUCCAGCUCUUAAACCUGAGUACCACUUGUGGGGAGAGUGGAACUGAGUCCUCCCUCUACAGAAUAACUAAAGCAGACAUCAGGGUGGUGGCUGAAGUCUGUGUAAAAGCACUUAGGCAGGUGGACCUCUGUGAGUGCGAGGCCGGUUGGUGAGUUCUACAAAGCAAGACCCUGCCUCAAAACUAGGCGGGAAGGGAGGGGAGACAGAACACUUACAAGAUUUCAAAUGAUUCUUUUUCAUUAAGAUUUUAAUGUAGAUGUAAAUGAAUCUUUUUAGAAAAUUAAAGUCUCCAUUUUUUCUUUUAGAAUAAAGAUUUAGUGCACAAAUACAGCCCGGAGCCAACAGAAAAAGAGUUUUGCCUUGUCACUUCCCCAGGAAAGCCCUGCAGCUACCUAAAAAAGGCCAAAAGAGACCAACCAACACUCCUUUCUCGGCUUUCCACAGAAGGACAUGUUCAACUAUAUACAGCGAUCUGAUGUGCAAGAGUGCAAUAAAUAUGUACAUAUACAUUCCUAUCUGCGUUAGGUCAUUCUAGAAUAUUCAGAGUGGAUCAAGCUGGGACUAGAAAUGAGAAAAGGCUAUAGCAGCGAAUAGGAAAAUGAGGGUUACAAUGGUUUGAUACCAAUAGAAUAAUAAAUGUCUGGCUAAUGAAUUAUUUUUAACUUUGGGGCAGACUAAAAAAGUUGUUUUGAAAUAAAUGAUACCUGUAAGGGAUGCUUACUAUGAUACUUGUUAAAUGUCAGUUUUUUGUUGUUUGAUAACAGCACUGACCUUAUUAUUGGUGCUAGUAACACAGCCCCCAGUAUUCUGGAAUUCCUCUACAUAGCCAGUUGCAGUGAUCCGUUAUCUCUGUAAGCAUUAGGAGAUGUGCCUCUGUGGUUUGAAAACAUCAACGCGCUCAUAACCUACACCUCUUUAUGUGGCUACAUCAGUUAUGCGUGGUCCCAGUGAAGUAUAAAAGAGGA